CCUCUGUCCUCCAGAGAUUGAAUACCUCUUGAUACUCUUUUUCACAGCUACAUUAUCCUCAGUGACUUCUUGCUUGGAGAUAAUCACGCCAGAGCAUUCCGUCUUUCUUUACACUAACGACUGUUAUCAUUUUCCCCGCAGUACCAACAGACCCCCGCUUUAGGUAAUAAACAGGGGUACAACGUUAUCUCAGACUCUAUCAAUAUCAUGUCGGGCACCGCUCAUGACCCUCGCCUUCUCUACAGUGUCAACAACAUAACUGCUUUCCAUAUCCAAAAUGGCGAAGAAUCCGAGCUCACCCCAUCAGGGCCUCAAACCCUUUCCCUUUUAAUGGUUCCGACAAGUACUUCUACACCUCAGAGCUCUCACGAUGCGCCAGCAGAAGAAGAUUUCUAUCUUCAUCUUAACCUCCCUCCGGAGUUGGAUCUGGCACUUCCAGCCUCUACACAGAUCUAUCACCAGCCGCCGAACAGCUAUUUGAUCCCCCGCUGGGAUUUGGGUCCAGAUGCAGGCGCGUUCAUUCGCAUACAAUUUCCGGCCAUUGGGAGCGGCCCUGAUAAGGUAUCUCAGGAAGAUGUGGAUACUUUUGAGACCAUUCUGGCACAGUGUACCGCAUUCCUGGAGCGCGCAGCCCCACCAAAAGACCAUGCUCCGUACAACCCAGCAGACUUUGCGCCAGGUGCAGGCUAUGUCUCGUCCACGAGUCCUGAUCGGAAGGACCCUCAUGGGCGGAUAGUGCUUGUUGAUGAAGAGGAUGGCAGUGUUGUUGGUGAAAUGGAAGGGUAUGAUGUUGUUGAGAAACCUGGCGUGACGCCUGGCUCUAAGCGGCCUGUGGAGGUAGAACUCCCUGCAGAAGGCGAAGGUAACAAAGUUAGUGUCAGUAACGUGUCUGAGGAAUACUUGCAGAUGGCCCGGCACCCUGCGUAUAAGAACUCAACACUGGUCCAAACUUCUGCUACGGCCUCUCGUCUGAUCGUGACUGGUUCUUCAUAUGUUGCCAAUAUGAUGACUAGUGGGGCCGAAACCUUUACCCAAAAAACCAAACCUAACCCAAAGCCAAUGACUUUCUCUGAGGCUACUCACUCAAGGGUUCGUAAGGUUGGGAAUUUCACUCAUGGUGCCGCCGGCCUCUCAGCCAAGACUGUUGGCCAGGUUGGUAAGGUUGCGCAGAACUUCGGUGCUUCGUUGACCCGUCGCAACCCCGAUGCAAGGCGCAAAGGCGACAAGGCAGUGAACGGCGACUACAAGCCGGGCAUACUAAACAAAUCAAUGAUCGCAUUCUCGACACUGGCGGACGGUAUUGAGCAAAGUGCCCGCACCGUACUAACCCACGGCUCUGCUGCUGCCAGUACGAUGAUCGGGCAUCGGUAUGGAGCUGAAGCUGGCGCCGUGGCGAGCGAUUUGACUGGGGGUGUGAAGAAUGUCGGACUAGUCUACAUCGAUGCCACGGGGGUCAGCCGUAAGGCAGUCCUCAAGUCCGUAGCUAAGGGUAUGGUUGUCGGGCGCAUGCGCAACGGAAAGCAAGUUCUAGUCGGUAGUGGUGACGGCGGAGAUGUGCCCCCGGCUGCAGGAGGUCGGAGCAAUAACACCUCAGGACGGGAUCCCGUUGCCAGACGUCCAUCUCCCACCCCUACACCACCGCCCGCCUAUGGUGCUCCGAACACAACGUCGCUCGGUGGAAUAAGCAUGUCAAGGGGCAAAAAUUGAAUAAUACAUGAUAACGAUAUACAGGGAUUUAGGCAUAAAUCUUGACUUUCUAUUAUUUUGUUUUCUUCAUUUUGUUUUUGAAGAAUUGAAGUUAAAUCCUGUGGUCAUCAUUUCAUGAUCUUCUUGUCACUUGGAGCUUGAUGUCAGUUAGAGCGGGCUUAAAUGUUUUAAAGUUGAAAUUCCUGUACAUACCUAUUAUGGAACAUACUUUAUGUCCAAGAGUCAUAUUAGAUAUUCGAAAAGAACUAUCCGUUUUAAGCAUUGAA